AUGUCCUCCUCAUCAUUCACCUGUUCUGCUGCAUUGCUUGCCGUCUUUUUCGUCGCAACAUGGAAGGCUCAAGCUCAAUCCUCGACAACAACCAACUGCCUCUCACUCUCGUCAUCCGAAGCAUGUCCAGCAUUCAGUCAAUACUACAUCGAUCUAUCGUCCCUCACGUCUCGAUACACGUUUAUGGCAAAUGCGACCGACGUAUCAUCAUUUGAUCAAAGUAUAAUAUCGUAUGCAAAGACAAGUGCGUUGUACAUGGAUCAGCUUGGAUGUUCAGGAUCAACGAAUGAUGACAACACGCCCUAUGCACGAUACUCCCUCUCUCGAUUAUGUGCAAGGUUUACACAAUCCCAAGAGUCCCUCAGCUGCAGUUAUCAGCAUAAUGUAUCACCACCACCACUAUGUCAAUCGACGUGCGAUGAUUGGGUUAACAGUGUAUCCAACAUUACGAACGACAUUUCAACUUGCUCAGAUACCACUACACGUUCGAAUGCAAUCGCCAACCUAAAAUCAGAAUGUUCAAAUUGGGAAGGUUUCAGUGGCAGUGAUGCUGUCAAUUGUGUGGAAGGAGCUGUCAAUGAACCUGAUAAUUGUGGAUUUCAGUCCGAUACGGAUACGGCUUGUCAAUACUGUGAUAGCAACAACUCAGAUCCAUGCUGCAACAAGGUGUCAUGUAAUCGAUUGGGAGUAGGAGCUAUCAUUGGCAUUGUCGUCGGCAGUGUGGUUGGUGCCGUUUUAUUAUGUUUUGCUGUGGGAUGCUUUUGUUUACGGCGGAAACGGGUUCGAAAGGAUACGCAUGGAUUCAAAACGUAUAUUUCAUCAUCAAGGGACGAUUAUCACAACAACGUGGAUCGUGCUGAAACUGGCAGCCGGCAUGCUUUGGUAUCCCAUCAUGAUGAAUCUGUGCCUACGUUAUCCGAGCCAACCAUCUCAUCAGCUAUUCAUUUGCAAGAACCACCACCCUUAGUCACCUCUUCACCAUCAUCAACAGCAGCAGCAGGAGCAGCAGGAGCAGUAGCAACACCCCAACAACCACGACCCGAAGAUUUGCACAUUGUUGUGCAUCCAUACCCCCCGCAGAUGGAAGAUGAGCUUGGUUUGCAAGUGGAUGACCUUAUUUGUUUGGCUGCAAAGUUUGAUGAUGGCUGGGCCUUGGGUAUCAAUGCCAUGACAGGACAAAAAGGUGUGUUUCCUCUUUUAUGCGUUGCGCCUCUUCCACCAGAACUAUUGAAUGAGAUUAUUCCCUCCGAUCAACCCAUCACUACCACUACUACAACUACUACCAAUUACGAUCCGGAUUCAUCCAAGAUAUUGUUGGAAGAUGACAUUACACAACAGCAACUAUGGCAACCAUCUCAAGUAGUAUCCCCACCACCGGCAUCAUCCAUAUCACAUUCGACACCAACCCAUCCUCCUCAACCUCCUCAAAUCAAUCUCAUCCGGAUACGAGAAAACGUACGAAGAUCUAUUAGCCUUGGCUCUUUUCCUCAUGGCAAGCUAUCAAAGAGUAUCAACACCACCGCCACCACCACACCUACCACCUUCCACGGAGGCAUCCCUAAAAGGACAGCCAGCAUGCGCAAUCCUCAUCAACAUCAUCACUAUGGUUAUUCCGAAGCAGAGUCUCCAACAUCACCUACCUUGAACACGCCAUUUUUUGACGUGACACCCGAGCUCAAUUCCAAUAACAACAAUCAAGAUGCAUACGAGUUGCACGAUCAUCUACGACGUAGGAGUAGCAGUAGUAGCAACAGUAGUUCAAUGUGGAUAAAACGGCCGAAUGGCAAGUGA